ACGCCCCUUGCCUGCUUGCAGUGGUGCGUCGAAAAGUUGCUAAAGUUUGCAGCAUUUUGCUAAAUCGGCUGCAAGUCCUCAACAUGGGCAAAUGUGGCCUCGUUGCACUUUUUGUCGCGGCGUUAUCUGUGCUGCUCGGGGAGCGGAUAGUCAACUUAAGGAAGAGGGCCCUUGCUUCACGUGAGCUGGUCAAGAAUCAUCUCCCCAAUUGUGCUCCACUGAAGAAUCUCAAUGACGGUUCAGAGGACAUCACAGUUUUUGGGGAUGGAUUCGCCUUUGUCAGCACAGGUCUCAAGUACCCUGGUCUGCCCUCUUCUGAUGCUCCGGGCAAGAUCUUCUUCCUUGAUCUGAAAGAAAGAAAGUUGAGGCCGAUAGAACUGCGCAUGGCGAGGAACUUUGACCUGGAAACAUUUAACCCUCAUGGCAUCAGUGUCUACAUUGACCCAACAGAAGAAGUGGUGUACCUUUUCGUCGUCAACCAUCCUGACCAAAAUAGCCAGGUGGAGUUGUUUAAAUUUGUCGAGGAGGAAUUAUCGCUGAUGCAUCUGAAGACCUUCAAACAUGAUCUUCUUCAUAGUGUCAAUGAUAUUGUGGCUUUGGGAAAGGAUCAUUUCUAUGCCACUAAUGAUCACUAUUUUUCCAAUCAAGGCCUUAAAUUUCUGGAGUUUCUCUUGGCUCAACCUUGGACUAACGUUGUGUAUUACAGUGAGGACAUAGUCAAAAUUGUCUCUCAGGGAUAUUACAUGGCAAAUGGCAUUAACGUCUCACCGGACAAAAGGCACGUAUAUGUGAUGGAUAUACUUGACCAUAAAGUGCAUGUGUUGGAAAGGAAAGAAGACAAUGGACUGGCCUUUGUGAAGGCCGUAGAUGUGGGUUCACUGUGUGACAACAUUGAAGUCGACCCAAUAACAGGUGACCUGUGGCUAGGCUGCCAUCCCAACGGAUGGAAAGCUUUGAACGUGGACCCUAACGAUCCGGCUGGAUCGGAGGUUAUCCGCAUCCAAAACAUUCAUUCAGAAGAGCCCUCGGUGAAGCAGAUGUUUGCUGAUGAUGGUCACAUGAUUAUGGGCUCAUCUGUCGCUACGACCUAUGGACACAAAGUGCUCAUUGGAUCAGUUUUUCAUAAGGCCGUAUGUUGUGAUUUGGAAUAGACGAUGAUGUCAUCUUACAAAACAGCAGGGAACACGAUAUGAAUAAAAGUAGUUUUUGCCACUGUAUGAAAAAAAAAAAAAUGCACUUCUUAUAGGAAAGAAGAUGUUUUUGGGUGAUGGUGAAUUGUGAAAAAUAUGAACGGCUCUGUGAAUAUUUUAUUGGAAGAUAGUAAUGAUAAUGCAAUAUUACUGUGUUUGUAGUGUGUAAAGUUUUUAAAAGUUUUUUUCCUGUGGGUUUGGCAACUAGUUCAUCUUGCCCAAAAUCUUCUCGAAUAGAUUCCGGCAACCACAAGUACAAAAUUGACCUAUGAUUAGAUCGAUGAAUGUGCUUACACGUUUUUUAGUUAAAACACUAAGAAUAUAUUCGAUCAAAUUUUGUGCUGUAAAACCAAAAACAUGCACUCAAAUAAAAACAUUUUAAAAUCCA